CCGAUGAUGAGCAGCAGCACUGCGCGAGCCACUCCAAUUCAAAUCCCUCUGAUCUCCCACCCACCCCAGUAACCGCGGCGGCGGCGCCUAGACGCCGGCGGCGAGGGCGGCUCUUGACGUACCCGUCCACCGCGCACCCCGACUCCCUUGCCUGCGACGCCGCUCAGCGUCCCUCGUCACCGGCGCCGGGUGGGGGAGGCGGGAGGAGGUGGGGAGUAGGGGCUAGGGUUCCAGUCGGCGCGAGGCCGGGGGCGGGGGCGGCCAGUCUGAUGGCGGCGGACGCGGACAAGCGGCCGGCGGUGGACGAAAUCCUCUCCUACGCUAACGACCUCGCGGGCGUGCUCCGCGCCAGCAACGACAACGACGCCAACGCGCAGACCGGCGCCGCCGCGGGGAUGCUGCUGUCCGCCUGCCGAUCCGAUUCCGACGACCUCGACCUACAGAUCAGAGAAUGUCAGGAAAAAAUACGCUCCUGCAAGGAAAAGAUAGACAAAGCAAAAGCUGAAACCAUUACUGAUGAUGAACUGAAUGCAUUGCAAAACAAGAUGGAAGAAAAACUCCAGGAAGAGAAACAGCUUCGCCAAGAGUUAAGAGUGUUACAUGAUGAGCUUGAUAACCUAGACCGACAAAGAGCUUCUAUUGAAGAAAGAAAGGAUGCUGUCAAGAAAAAAAAGAAAGAAAUGCAGAAGGCAGAGCGUAUGCUUUCCAUGUGCGUGUCAGUUACAAAUAUCAUGCCCAAUUUCGAAGACCAGGAUAAGAUUUCUGGCUACAUUGUCGACAGGAGCGGGAAGAAGUUGGAGAAGUUCGAGUUUGAGAAGACGACACCACCGGUUGAGAUCUGCGACAAGCUCUGGAAGAAGAUUUAGCGCGCGGAUCAUCCCUGUUGUAACUUGUAAGGCGACGAAAGCUGUGCUUCUGUAUAUUGUCGUGGACGGUGGACCUCCCACCAAGAAGGAUGCAGCUCGCCAUGUUGUUUCAAUGAUUAGUUUCGUUUGUGCUGUUUCCGGUUAACUGAUCAGAGAUUAGCUCCUAGUUUUUGUUUAUAGACACUACCAAAUCUUUACCAGACAUUAGCUGGAUGUUUGAAUAAGUCCUAGAGCUGUUGAUUGCUUUUAUUGAAUGUAUGCGUGUAAUUCGUUUAAAAGAAUUUGCUUCUUGUUUGCAA